AUGGUGAGCCUGGUAGUAGUACCAUGGCUCUGUGUCGCUUCUUCGGCAGCUGCUCUGCUACCGGCACUAGCAUCUGAAAACGUCGUCGAUGCAGCAGCAGCAGCUCUGAAAGUGAAAGCAGAGUACAUAAUAAAAGUGAAUUUCAGCACCGCGUCGGCGAACCCCGACAAGUACAAGACCUUCAUCGCUUCUGUUCGUGCUGGCCUGGUGAGCACAACCGAGCGCAACAACAACAGCAGCGGGAUCCCUGUGCUGGUAAGCCAAGACGAUCCGCUCGCGCUGGAAGCGUCCCUAAACAUCACUCUGGUGAACAAGGCAGGGCGUUCCGUGAGCUUGAAGAUGGACGUCUCCGGAGCCUACUUCGUGGGUUACGAAGCAGGGAACUACUCGUGCCUCCUCAAGAGAUCAGGUUCAGGCCGCACAUUGUCAUCGGUAACCUGUUACCGGAACUUGUAUCCAUGGGGAGGUCCUCCGACCGUCACUGUCGACGACGACCCUGCAGUCGCGGCAUGGCGAGUUGAAGAUCUCGACCAGGCUAUCUCGUCGCUGUUCCUGUUCCCGACAGGCAACGCGACGAAAGAGGACCUGAGCCGGGGCCUCGCCGCCUGCGACGUGAUGAUCGCGAGCGCGGCGACGUUCCCGUACGUCGAGCGGCGGAUGAGCGCCGGCAUGUGGGACGGCAACGGCGUGUCCAACGACGGGAGCCUUCGCGGGCUUCAGGAGAGCUGGCCGGAGCUCUCCGCCGCCGUCCAGGAGUCCUACCAGGGCGCCUUCGCCGCUCCGGUGCAUGUUCAGCGGAGCAACGACAAGUGGACGCAGGUGGACAACGUGCGUCGAGCCGUCCCCCUCGUGUCCUUCCUGGAGCACCACAAAAGCUGCAAGAAGACGACGCGGGAGGCGGUGGGCCAGCGGCUUCCCUUGCUCAUAAGGUCCGUCGUGCAAGAGCCGGAUGAGGAGGACAUGCAGCUGGGCGGCGCGGCGGCGUGCGGCCAGGCCGAGCCGACGGUGCGCCUCGUCGGCCUGGAAGGGAGGUGCGUGGACGUGCCGUACGGCUACUACUACAACGGCAAGCAGGUGCAGCUGUGGAGCUGCAAGUCCAACGGCGACGUGAACCAACUGUGGACGCUGAAGCGGGACGGCACCAUCCGGUCCAACGGCAAGUGCCUGGCCAGCAGCGGCGACGCGGCGGGCGCCCGCGUGGUGAUCGACGACUGCCCGCGCGUCCCGACGGGCCGCGUCGUCUGGGAGGUGCGCGCGGACGGCACCGUCGCGCUCAAGGGGUCCUCCCGCGGCGGCGGCCUGGUGCUGGCCGUCACCUCGUCGAGGCUCUUCGCGGGGCUCACGGUGCGACGGGACGACCGCGGGACGGGGCAGUCGUGGACGCCGACCAACGACACCGCGCCCCUGGACGCCGCCAUCGUCGGGUUCCGCGACCUCUGCCUGCAGGUGGACUAUGCGGGGGCGGUGUCCGUCGCCGCCUGCGGCCGCGACGGCGUGCAGUGGUCGCUCUACCCCGACGGCUCCAUCCGCCCGCCCGCGUGGCUGCUCCUUCAGUGGCAGUGCCUGGCCGCUGAUGCCAGCGGGCGUGUGAGGGUGAAAUACUGCGACUGGGCUGGAUCGGCUUGCCAGCGCUGGGUGUUCCACAACGACGGCACCAUCUUCAACACCGGCGCCGGGAUGGUCUUGGACGUCGUCAGGCCAUCGAAGUCGAAGGGUACUACUGCUAGCGGCCAGGUCGUCGUGUCGAAGCCCGCCACUGGGAGUCCCACUCCCACCCAGAAGUGGGCGCUCAUGCUGUGA